AUGCCGAAACCCAAGCGCCUCACGCAAGCUGUGCAGGAAGAAACGCUAACACCUCCGGCCACACUACCCGCUGGCCAGAAAAUCGCUCGCGUCAAAAGUGCCGCUGGCAACAAUCUGUACAACCUCGAGCUGCCGUCUGGUGAGGCACUUUUGGCCGAGCUGGAUGCCAAAUUUCGCUCCACCAUCUGGAUGAAGCGUGGGUCGUAUGUGCUGGUCGAUACCACGUCGCUAGCUGAGCGUGGUAAUAAGCUGGGUGGGGAGAUUGUGAAUAUUGUUGGCGAUGUAAAGGUUUGGAGUAGAGCAAGUUUCUGGCCGAAGGAGUUCUCGGUGACGAGGAGUGUUCAGGCAGAUAGCUCGGAUGAGGAGUCCGAUGCUGGACCGCAAAUGCCUCCUUCUGAUGAUGAGGAUUGA